UGCAGAUUGAUUGUUUUUUUCCAAGAAAUUAAAUGAUGAGGAUACCAUUUAUACUAGGAGUGAUUUCAUCACUAUGUCUGAGCACAACAUUGGUGGUAGCAGUAGAUUGGUCCAAGCCUGGUUGUCCAUCAAAGUGUGGAAAUAUCACAAUUCCAUAUCCUUUUGGCAUUGGUUCUCAUUGCAGUUUCAAUUCUUCCUUCGAAAUCACCUGCACGAAAGACUCCACCACCGGAGUAGAAGUACCAUUCUUGAACAUCAUAAGUAUGGAAGUACACAAUUGUUCUGUUCGCGGUACCGUCAUAGUAAAGAACCCCGUUACACCAAUGAUAUGCUCUGAUAUGCAAGACACACAAUCUAUGGUAAGGUCGCUCGAUAAAACUCCAUUUUCCAUCUCCAGCCGACAUAAUUUGUUGGUUGUUUUGGGCUGUCGGAAUUCGGUCCGCCUGUAUCCUAACGCGACAGCUCCAGGCGGCGGAUGCAUGGCAAUUUGUGAUCAUAGUUCUAUAGACAACAGCUGCAAUGGUGUCAACUGCUGCCGAAUAACAAUACCACCUCAACUUAAGGGGCUUAAUUAUACUUACCAAGGUACUAAUCAAGUUGCUACUAAUGAGAGUUCAUGUGGUUAUGCUUUCCCUGUCGAAAGAGUAUGGUUCCAAGAUGAAUACAAAAGGUACAAGGGCCUUCAGAAUAAUCUAUUAAAUCCUUUUGACAAAGAAUUCGAAUCCGCACCACUGGUACUUGAGUGGGAACUCGACAGAUCAACAUUUUCAGAUCCUAAUGUAUGUCCGAAUUACAUAAAAAUAAUCUCACCAAAUACAUCAUCACUUCCUAGUCAACCCGAGUAUGCAUCUUCCAUCCAAUAUUGCUAUUGCGGGAGUGGCCAUGAAGGGAACCCAUAUAUACCUGGAGGAUGCAUUGAUAUUGAUGAAUGUAGCGAUCCAAAAUUGAAUUUCUGCAAAAAUAUAAAUGCAACUUGCAAAAACAGCAAAGGAGGUUACCAGUGUGAAACUAUAAAGUAUAAGGUUAAAAAACCACAGGUGGCCAAAAUAACAGUCAUCAGCGGUGGUACUGUCCUUGGUGCACUAAUUUUGUUCAUAGCGGCAUGGAAGUCCAUCAGGAAAAAAAACAAGGCUAACCGUAAACUCAAGUUCUUCAAACAAAACGGAGGUUUGUUAUUGCAACAAAAGUUAUCUUCAAACAACAACAGCCUAGAAAAGACCAACCUAUUCAGUUCCAAAGAGUUGGCACAAGCUACCGAUCGUUACAAUGAAAAUCGUGUAUUGGGUCGUGGUGGCCAAGGUACCGUCUACAAAGGAAUGUUGACAGAUGGAAGAAUCGUGGCAGUCAAAAAGUCGAUGAAGGUAGAAGAAGGUGAUGUCGAACUGUUCAUCAACGAGGUUGUUAUUCUGUCGCAGAUAAACCACAGAAAUGUGGUCAAACUAUUAGGGUGUUGUUUGGAGACCGAAGUUCCUCUUUUAGUAUACGAGUUCAUACCUAACGGCACACUCUUCCAACACGUGCACAAUCCAAACGAGGAGUUCCCGUUAUCGUGGGAAAUGAGAGUCCGUAUUGCAAGGGAAGUAGCCGGGGCACUCUCUUACUUGCACUCUUCUGCAUCUGCACCAAUUUAUCACAGGGAUAUAAAGUCCACGAAUAUACUAUUGGAUGAAAAGUACAGGGCCAAAGUUGCUGAUUUCGGGACAUCAAGAUCGAUUGGUAUAGAUCAGACGCACUUGACCACACGAGUACUAGGAACGCUCGGUUAUUUGGACCCGGAAUACUUCCAAUCGAGCCAGUUUACGGAUAAGAGCGAUGUGUAUAGCUUCGGUGUUGUUGUGGUGGAGCUUUUGACGGGGGAGAGAGCUAUAUCGUCAAUUAGAGCCGAUGUGGGAAGGAGUUUGGCGACACAUUUCUUGCACUCGAUGGAGGAGAAUCUUUUAUUCGAAAUUCUCGAUGCGAGGGUGCUGAAAGAGGGGAAGAGAGAGGAAAUUGUGGCGAUUGCCGAACUUGCUAAGAGAUGUCUGAAUUUGAAUGGAAAGAGAAGGCCGACUAUGAGGGAAGUUGCUAUGGAGUUGGAAGGAAUUCAAAUGGUGAAAGAAGACUCAGUGGCUUACUUGCAAAAUCAAGACGGCAUCAUCGAGCACGUAUCUUCGACUCGUGAUCAAGUUGCCGAGUCUUACGAUUUCUCUUCCAUCUCAGCGAGUAUGCAUUUGGUGGAUGAUUCGGUAACUACGUAUUUAACUGCAUAUUUACCCAAUGAUGAUCAUCAUUUGCUUAAUGAGCCCUGAAGAAUACAUUACUUAUAAACUAUCCCUUAUCUUGUAUUUAUUUGUCAUCAGUUCCUAGUAAUCUGUAAUAUAUAUGUAUGCUAUGCAUCAACAUUGUUUACUUUGUUUUAUCGUCAAAUUAAACACCUCAGCUUUUUAAGUGUGCUUUUUAUGAAUUAAAUCAUUAA